GGGGUUGUAACAGGCGCGCGUAGGGCAGGGUCGGGACUGAGGCCGAGCAUCACUGGGACAUCAUUCGAGCGUCCUGGUUGGCCUUCCGCGGAGCCUCCCAGAUGCUGGCACGGAGGCUGGGAGGGCAGCCCGGGUGGAGGUCGGAGAGCCCCGUGCCCUAGGACCGGUCGGCCGGCGGUCGGCCGGCGGGAUAGCGGGAAACCCGCCUUUCUGACCAAAUCACUGGAUGCCUCUGACCAGGAGUGCUGAGACGUGGUCACUGCCCGCUUGUUCUCCCGGCCGUAACGUUCCUCCACACCAGUGAUAAACAACAGAACAAUAAGCUAAGAGGACUCUGACCAUUGGCCUCCCACUAGCCAGGAUCAACUAGCUCUCCUUCUGUGGUCCAUGAGCUGCAUCGUCUGCCAUCAGUGUGCAACCGGCCCCCAACGCAAUGUGUGUUUGUCAAACCAUGGAAGUGGGGCAGUAUGGCAAGAACGCAAGUCGGGCCGGAGACCGAGGGGUCCUCUUGGAGCCCUUCAUCCAUCAGGCGUGGUUUCUGUCUGUUUUGAGGGAGACAGUGAUGGUUAUAUCAACUUGGUAGCCUACCCUUACGUGGAGAGUGAGACUGUAGAGCAAGAUGACACACCAGAACGGGAGCAACCUCGACGUAAACACUCCCGCCGGAGCCUGCAUCGGUCAGGCAGUGGUAGUGACCACAAGGAGGAGAAAGCCAGCCUGUCCUUUGAGACCUCUGAGAGCUCCCAGGAGGCAAAGAGUCCAAAGGUGGAGCUGCACAGCCACUCCGAUGUCCCUUUCCAGAUGCUGGACAGCAAUAGCGGUCUGAGCUCCGAGAAGAUCAGCUACAACCCCUGGAGUCUGCGCUGCCACAAGCAGCAGCUAAGCCGCAUGCGCUCCGAGUCCAAGGACCGAAAGCUCUACAAGUUCCUCCUGCUUGAGAAUGUGGUACACCACUUCAAGUACCCCUGUGUGCUGGACCUGAAGAUGGGUACCCGGCAGCAUGGGGAUGAUGCGUCAGCUGAGAAGGCAGCCCGGCAGAUGCGCAAGUGUGAGCAGAGCACAUCUGCCACGCUGGGGGUCAGGGUCUGCGGCAUGCAGGUCUACCAGCUGGACACAGGUCAUUACCUCUGCAGGAACAAGUACUAUGGUCGGGGACUCUCCAUUGAAGGCUUCCGCAAUGCGCUGUAUCAAUACCUGCACAAUGGCCUGGACCUGCGCCGUGACCUCUUUGAACCUAUCCUGAGCAAACUCCGGGGCCUCAAGGCCGUGCUGGAGCGGCAGGCCUCCUACCGCUUCUACUCCAGCUCUCUGCUCGUCAUCUAUGAUGGCAAGGAGUGCCGCUCUGAGCUCCGACUCAAGCACGUGGACAUGGGGCUCCCAGAGGUGCCACCACCCUGUGGCCCCAGCACUAGCCCUAGCAGCACCAACCUUGAGGCUGGUCCCUCUUCUCCGCCCAAGGUGGAUGUCCGCAUGAUUGACUUUGCACACAGCACAUUCAAGGGCUUCCGGGAUGACCCCACUGUUCAUGAUGGGCCGGACAGAGGUUAUGUGUUUGGUUUGGAGAAUCUUAUCAGCAUCAUGGAACAGAUGCGGGACGAGAACCAGUAGGCCCAGUUCUGGGCCCUAAGACCCGUUCCUCUCCACCCACAGGCAGGGACCAUUGCUCUGAACUUGCUGUGAGGACACACUGACUUGCUUUUAAAGGGUUAUAUUUCUCUUUGGUGUAAACUAAAAGAAAUGUUUUUAGCUGUAGCCUGGAAUCUAUCUAUCUAUCUAUCUAUAUAUACACACAUAUAUAUAUAAAAGUAAAGGAGGGCAGAACAUACGUCCUCUCAGCCAGGCUCCUUAGCUUUGUGGCUCUGCUGUGUCCAGGCUGACUCAGGAAGGAAGAGGUGACCCCAGUGGGCUCGGCAGCAGAGACAGAAUGCCUUUGAACUUUGGUUCCCUUGCCUAAGGUUUUUGGGAUCUGUGGUUAUAGGGCUCUGCUGAUUGUGAGGUGAAGCCCUUGGCUGGCACAGGGUCUCUCCAUGCUAUUCAUCCCUUACUUCCCAGAGUUGGGGAAGGUUAAGUGCCCGUUUCUUGGGGCCUUUCCAGUUUUGUGCCAGUGCUUGAUGAGCAGCUGCCCUCAGGGCAUUACAGGGCUGACUGCGCAGAUGGACUCAUUCUUGGGUCUGAUUUUGGCAUGGGGCUAGAUUUGUGAAGCUGAGCUAAGGCCAACUCACAGCAAAGGGCAGGCCCUGGGCUCCCUAGGCACCCACUGGCAUGUAAACUUGCUCUUCUGUCCACAACCCCAGCCAGCCUCUCGCCUCGAUUGCUUGCCUAAGGAGGCCACAUAUCCUCCUAUCCCAGUGAGGUGGGCACAGUUCUGUUUGCUGAGGAGAGUGAGUGUCCCCGUAGGCCUAGGGGUCUGUAAUGGCUCUCGCCUAGACAGUAUUUGCAGUUCUUGGGCUUUGGGUGGUGCCCCUCCCUCUAGUUUGGGCAGCUGUGCUGCCUCUGGAUGGGCUGUUCCUCCCAGGGCUCAGGGUCUGUGCUCUGCUCAGGGUCUUGUCUUCUCCAGGCCAAGCUCAAGGCAGCAGCCUGUUCUGUGGUAUUCCAGGCUCUAGGCUUGGAGGGAGAACUUUAAACUUGUCUGCUUUUAUGGACAUAGGACCCUGGGUACAGGUGCCCAGAGUCUGCUGCGAGCUUUGUCUGGUUAAUCCUGGGUCUGUCAGUUCAUUUGUCUGCCUGCCAGCCUGUUUUGUGGUGAGCUUUCUGGGGUAUAGCCUUGUUGAUUAGUAUAUAUUGAUCUUGUUCAUGCUCGCCUCAGCAGAGUAUUCUUUCCCUUUUCUGAGGUGAGCCUUUGCCCCUGUGCCCUUCCUUAGCGGGUUCUGCUGUCUUACAAAGCUGUUAGCAGAAUGACCCAUAGUGGUGUUCACCUGCUGGCCUGGUGGCCCUCUUUUGGGCCUGGGGUGUGGCCGUCAACACCAACAGUGAGGCAGCUGUGAAGGCUCAGGGCUGAUCCUGACCCAUUGCUGUCUUUUUGCUACCAGCCCUUUGAUGGUAGAGACCUGCUGCCUGUAAUGUAGGUGUCCUACAGGUUACACUACACUUAGCCAUUGCCAAGGUGAGCAGCCGUCUCCAAGUCUGUGGCCAGUGGUCAGCACUUCUGACAGGUCUGUUUUGGCAUUUGAAGAUAAUCCUGCCAACCUUUGAGAGAUACUGGUAACUAAUGGCAUAAUAUCCUGGUUCAUAGAGAUACAGCUCUGGAAAGGGCUCCUUGAUGGACCCCAGUCUUGGUCUUCUGACCCUGGUGCCAGUGGUGGGCAGGUUCCCAUUCCUUAGGGCUGGGAGGCCCAGCUUUGCCCAUUUCUGGUUAGUAACAACUGUCUUCUGUCCAGUAGUAUUCUGUUGCUUCAGCCAUGGGGGCAGUAAGUGUUCAUUAGUGUAGACACAUCUUCUCUGCCAGGAUAGAGGUUAAGAGAGGUUUGGGGCCAUGGAUGACCUCCUAGGAAUGUGCUGUACUUCCGCAGUUACCAGAUUUGGGGAGGCACUGCCCCAUUCUGCUGCUGCUCAUGUAGCAAGGGAGACGGUACCCACUUACAUUGCGAGUUCUGCCAAUACAGCGUGGAAAGGCUGGGGUUUGCUGCUUCUCCUUAAGGGCAGGGCCCAACUCUUCAGCACCUUUGAUAUCUGGAGGGCCAGUUCCUUUAUCUGAUAGGUGGUGGCAGGUGUGUAAUAACACUUUCCACCAUUGUUCUUCUGCCUGCCCGAGGCUAGAGCCCUGUCCCCAACAGGCCCUGCCUUCCCAGCCCCAAUUUGGGACCAAAGUGCAACUCGGGAUCAUGGGUUGGGGAGCUCAGAUUGCCUGCCCCUCUCCAUAGUAUUUCCCUGGGCUAAGCCCACACCAGCCCGGGAGAUGGGUGGGAGUGAAAUGGGAUGGGUGGUGCUUAAAGAGGAAAGGGACCAGUGUAGUAACUAACUUGCCUGGGGACCCCCCCCCCCCCCCAGCUUUGGGCCUGUGCAAUGGGCCUGAGGAUUCUCUAAGGCCAGGGCCUGGGCUAGUUCAGUAUCCGCUGCUCAUUCGCUCACAUCUGGCAACAUGCACGUUCCCUAGAUGCAAACUGCUUUGAAUUUACAGCUGUGUAAGUUGGUUGUGUGUGUGCCCAUUUUAAAAAACUGCAUUUUAAUGAGGAAAAAUGAGAACCCGGGGAAAGUUCCUUUGCUCUUGUGGAGGAAAUGUAAGACUUCGAAUUCUGGAAAUUGUUCUCUGCUCCUCUUUCCUGGAAGCUACACACCUGCCUACAUACCCUAAGACCUGCGCCUGGAUACACACGUGGCUCCAUUGGCGUUUAGGCGCGCUUGCGUUUCCCCGGGUCUUGUGUGUGAUGGAGAGGAGUACUUGGCCCGAGCCGGCUCCUUUCUGUACACCCUGCGCUACCCGCCCGCUUGUGUCAGGUCGUAUAUGUCAAAAUAAAGCCUCUCGAAACUGAA